GAUCUCGCUCGUGACGCUGCGUGCGCAGCCGGCCGGUCACGGGAUUCUGAAGGGGGGGUUCGGAGGACCACGGCGCAGCAUCCGGCUCUUCUGAUUGGUCGACGGUGGGCGGAGGCGAGCGCUGUCAUCAGAAGCCAACGUGCGGUGGGGCUCGUACUGCCUGUGCUGUUUGGCGCGCGCUCGGAGGUUGUAGUUCCACAGGGUUGCGCCAUCGACGCGAGCGGAGUCGUGUCGAACGGAGGCUCCAGCGCGAGACAGUCACGACAGGACAAUCGGGCGGGUCCGAACGAACCACCUGCGGCAGCUCUCUUCUUCCUCCUCCUCCUCCUCCUCCACCUCCUCGUAGCGAACCCCAUCUCACAAGAUGGAGGACCAGAAGAGUCAGGUGACAGGGUACCUCCUGUUCUCCCUCUCCACCGCUGUGAUUGGCUCCCUUCAGUUUGGGUACAACACCGGAGUCAUCAACGCUCCUGAGCAGAAACUGCGUGCGUUCUUCAACCAGACGUGGAUGGAGCGCUACAAGGAGCCCAUCUCCCCGGGGACCUGCACGCUGGUGUGGAGCUUCUCCGUGGCCAUCUUCAGCGUGGGCGGCAUGGUGGGCUCCUUCAGCGUGGGCGUCAUGGCCAACCGCUUCGGCAGGCGGCGCUCCAUGUUCCUGGUCAACAUCCUGGCGGUGAUCGGGGGUCUCCUGAUGGGCUUCUCCACCAUCUGCUCGUCCUAUGAGAUGGUGAUCGCGGGCCGCCUGGUCAUCGGCCUGUUCUGCGGCCUCUUCACCGGCCUCACCCCGAUGUACGUGGGGGAGGUGUCGCCCACGCCGCUCCGGGGCGCCUUCGGCACGCUGCACCAGCUGGGCGUGGUCAUCGGCAUCCUCAUCGCACAGGUGUUCGGCCUGGAGGUACUGCUGGGCUCUGAUAAGCUGUGGCCGCUGCUGCUGUCGCUGACGGUGGCGCCGGCCGUGCUGCAGUGCAUCCUGCUGCCCUUCUGCCCCGAGAGCCCCCGCUUCCUGCUCAUCAACCUCAACCAGGAGGAGCAGGCCCGCAAAGCGCUGGUGCGGCUGCGCGGCAGCGAGGACGUCAGUAAGGACAUGCAGGAGAUGAAGGAGGAGAGCGCCAAGAUGGCGGUGGAGAAGAAGGUGACCAUCCCGGAGCUGUUCCGCACGGCGGCCUACCGCCAGCCGCUGCUCAUCGCCGUCAUGCUGCAGCUCAGCCAGCAGCUGUCAGGCAUCAACGCCGUGUUCUAUUACUCCACAGGUAUCUUUGCGUCAGCGGGGGUGAAGAAGCCGAUAUAUGCAACCAUCGGCGCGGGCAUCGUCAACGUGAUCUUCACCGUGGUCUCGCUGUUCCUGGUGGAGAGGGCGGGACGUCGGACUCUACACCUCCUGGGAUUGGCUGGGAUGGCUGUCAGCGCCCUGCUGAUGACGAUCACCCUGUUGCUGAAGGACUUCACGGUGAUGGGCUACGUGGCCAUCCUGGCGGUGAUGCUGUUCGUGGCGUUCUUCGAGCUGGGUCCGGGGCCCAUCCCCUGGUUCAUCGUGGCCGAGCUCUUCUCCCAGGGGCCCCGCCCGGCCGCCAUGGCCGUGGCCGGCUGCUCCAACUGGACCGCCAACCUGCUGGUCGGCUUCAGCUUCCCCAAGCUAGUGGAGUGGUGUGGCCCUUGGGUCUUCAUCAUCUUCGCCAUCUUCCUGGUCUUCUUCUUCAUCUUCACCUUCUUCAAAGUCCCGGAGACGAAGGGCAAGACCUUCGACGAGAUCGCCAAGUGCUUCGGCGCCGCCCCGGCCACGCCCACCCGCUCCGUGAACCUCCCCCUCAACACUACCUCCACCAGCGUCCAGGCCACAAGCCCCACCUCCCCUGACAAGGAGAAGGUCCCAUUGGUCCAGGCCCCCCCGCCGUCUGAAGCCACGCCCCUGCCCACUGAAACCACACCCCUACGCUCUGAUGCCACGCCCCUUCGCUCUGAAACCACGGCCCUGAGCGAUAAGUCCAAGACGACGCUCCAGGAAACUCUGUAGACUAGACUAGAUCUCAUCCAGCUCCCCGCCCACAGUAGACCCUCCACGAUACCCCCACCUCUUCCCUCAGCACAGCACCGAGGCUUCCAGCUUCCGAGUCCUCCAGACGGAUCUCUUCUAGCUUCAAGAGUCCUUGCAGAUCUCCUCUUCUAGCUUCAAGAGUCCUCCAGACGGAUCUCUUCUUCUUCUGUCCCUUAGUAACGCCUCCUUCCUUUAACUUCUCCUGGAGGGCUCAGCAUAGCAAAAACAAACACAGCAGACCAGAGAUAAGUCGGGACGACCCACAGAAUACGAUGUUGAUGGGGGAUAGAGUGAGGGUCUUCAGCCUGCCAUAGCCUGCUCCUGUCGAAGCAUCUAGAUCCUGGUAGGCCUCCCUGGUAGAAGCUUCCACACUCAUUAUUAAAACACUAUUAGUAAGGAUGGGUCUAGAUGCUGAAGCUCAGGACAUCCUAGCAUCGAUUAUAGCUGUAUGUUUUAUGUAUUCCACACUGGUGAUUUUAUAUACAGUUUGACGUUGUGUCAGUGUUAUAUUAUAUUAUUAAUUAUGUUGAAGGGAAGCGAUGGUUUGGCAGGUGUAAGCUUCAUCUGUGCAGGUUGAAGGGAACCAGCGGCUCCGGGCCUUAUCUGAGGAGACAAACAGGGAACCUCUGUUAGCAUAGGGAAUCCUCUCCAUGCCCCCCCCUCCAUUUAGCCUCCACUGCCUCACCCUAAACCUCGGCAGGCAGUGGGAUGUUAAUGUUGGAUUAGCAUGUGCGCUAGUCUGGGGUGGAGCUACAUGACUGGUUCUGUUAGGAGGGGAUUAGCAUUCCAGUCCUCCGUCCACCAUCUGAACUAAAGUAACCAUGUAAACACAAAGUGUAGCGUAAGAUAGCUGUUAAUGCUAACUAUUGCUAGCCAAGUUUCCACCCAGUAAAUGAUGGAUCAGCCUACCAGUUCACCCAGUGGACCAUACCAACUGGUUGGCCGAUCUACUCAUCUUACGGCUAAUCGGACACUCCCACUUGUGAUGUCACUAAUGGGUAGAUUGUGAAAAGGUCGAUUGCGAAACGGCCGUUUGAGAAGAGGGCAAAGUGCAAUAGCCAUCUUUGCUGGAGAAAAUAGGAUAAGAGCUUUAUAAUGUAUAUACCAGGAUGGGCGAGCUUCAAAUAUAUAGUGAGAUCAGAGAGAGAGAGAGAGAGUGAGUGAGAGUGUCAUCACGAGAUAGCGUAGCGCCAGCUUUUAAUCAGCCUGGUUAGCAUUGGGAAACGUCACUUCCUGUUAGCAUUAGGAAGCUAUAUUUCCUGUGAGUGAAAGUAGUUUUGAUUUAAAUCAGGCCUGGACUAAGAGUUAAAUCACAUGUAAUCACAGUAGGAACUUAACACGCAUAAGCAGAAGGUCGUAGGGAGCGGACCCUGGAUGGAGCUCAAUCAGGAGUUAUGGUUGGGUCAGGGAUAAUGGCCUUAUGAGGAUAAUCACCAGAGGUCAGAGGUCAGUCUGCGGCCGCUGUGCGUUCUCCCGCUCAUUUGACGGCGACGCACUGAAGAAUUCAAUCCUCUGGAACAACAAACAAAUCAAUGGACUGAUUAAAUAAUGGGUUUAUCGCUACCGCUCAUACGAAGGCCGUUCGA